AGCAGUGCGUUUGCCGCCUGCUGUCACGAGGACUGUUCAAUCGCUUUAGUUGUUUUCAUAAAUAAUUACGUGUUAUAGGUGUGGAUGAACAUUUUGAAAAAAGGAAAACGGUUUUUAGUAGGAUACACUUUGAUUUCCGUGUUUCGAAGAAGUGUCCGCUGGCUGCUCUUGCAAGAGCACAUUGUUUACAUCCAUCGUUGUCAGUGCCUCCGCAACUGCAUAGGGUGACAACCCGACAUGGUUGCAUGCGAUGUAUCGCGAAACAAGGUGCCCGUAGUUUCUUCUCACACCAGCGAGCCAGGCAAUACGUGUGAUACGAAAUUGCAGGAAACACCGACGAUGGCUUUAGCAGGACGCAGAAUAUAGACGGACUACCAAUGGAGAAUAACUGGAAGUCGUGAGUCAUUUCCAAAAGAAAGACUCCAUUUCGCUGCGUCUGGUGGCUGCAUUAGAAGCAGAGCAGUAGUCAUGUCCACACCUGUGUCGGCUCCCUGCUCCUCUGGAGGACCCACCGCAGCCUCUGGUCCACAUUCUCAACCAGUACACAGCCAACCAGUUGCCGAAUUUAGGGAUGCCGACCACUACCGCAGUGCACUCAGCCCACUGUGCAUGACCGAAGGCAGUCAUGAGAUUGUUAGGCCGAAGCCCAGAAGACCGGGAGGUGGAAGCAGAGAAAUCCUUCCAAGUGGAGGAUAUGCAGUGUAUCAGCACCAACAGCAACAGCAGCAGGCCAGCAGUACUGUGGGCCACCACGAAUUUUCUCAGAGGCUCUCAAACAGUCAGCCUCAGAGCCAGUUGACACCACUGCGAUCUCAGAGCAGCAAACUGGCAGAUGAGAAGAACUUCAGCCUCUGCACAACAGCAAGCCCAGCCCCACCACCAGUGCUGUUGCGGGGAUGUCCUACUCCUUCGAAGGCUGUUACUGCACCUACCUCGCAGACACCAUUACCGGGAAAGUCAGCAGAUACUUCUGUUGAAUCUGUUGUUGAGCAGCUGGUACCUGAAAGAGAUACAAAUACCAGUGCUUCAGGUAUAGCCAAAGGAUUUUCGGCUGCAGACUUAUGUGGCUCACCUGGCAACCAUGACAUGAAACGUGUAGCAGCUACUGAAGAUACUGCAAUGGUACGGAAUUUUAAGCUGCAGCAUCAUCAGCCUCAACAACAGCAGCAGCACCAACAACAUAAACUUGCUGUACAGGGAAACAUUUCUAGCUCUGCAAUGUGUAGGCAACAGACUAUUAGUGGAUCAGCUACGGGUACACCUGUUGCAAGAACCAUGGGAAUGGCAGGAACUAGUCAUCUCCAUCAUCAUCUCAGUAUAGAAGAGCUUCGCCUGGUGCAGCGGAGACAAGAUUCUAAUGGGAGCUCAUCUGAUGAUGGUGCACGAAGUUCUGGGCAUGCUAGCAUGUCGGAUGGGCAUCUGAGUUCAUCACCAUCUUCUGAACGUCAUCAGCAUUAUAGGUCACCAUUGAACUCUGUACCAGAAGAUGAGAGGUUGUCUGCUAGUGUGAUGCCAAAUCAGUCACGAACAAAUCGGAAAGCUACCCAUAACCGAAGUCGCCACAGAGCUACCCCAGCCAAGUUGGUUCCGGCUGGCUCAGGGCUGGAAGACAUCAAACUUGCUAUCCAGCAGCUGACAAUGAGAUCACACACGUCUAAUACUGGGUAUUCCACAUCUACGUACUCCAGUCUGAGUGGCAGUGAGUCCAGUGAGCCAGCAGUACGUCGGCUGAUGAGGCAUUCUUCUCUUGAGACAAUAAACACUAACGUUACCAGUGCUGAUGAAUUUGUUUGGGUGGAUUCACACAACAGACUUGUGGAACUCCAACAUCUUCCUUGGUCAAAUCAUGAUGUACUAAAAGUCAUACAGAAUGGUCGAUUAAAAGAGCACAUGGAACGUGUCAGCAUGGAGACCGUCCCUCGUCUGUCAUACCUGUUACAGAGGGCACUAGUGCGCAUCGGCCGUGAGGCACAAAGGCUCUCUCGCCCUCUUGGCAUGUGCAGCAAACAAGAAGUCAGUUCUGCUCUCCGAAUCACCUUAUGUCCUGCACUUGCUGAUUCCUGUACUAAGGCUUGUCUGCGUGCUGCUGCUAUGUUUGCCGUAUCUGGUGAUUCACAACUCAAGCAGAGCAAGUCAUGCCGAGCUGGUCUGCAGUUAUCUGUUGGCAAAUUUCAGCGCUGGAUGGCUGAUGUGAGACUGGGAAAAUUUAUCCAUGAAUAUGCUGCUGUCUACUUGGCUGCUGGUAUCGAAAAUCUGCUAGAAGAAAUAAUUUUGCAGUGUCUGCCAAAUGAAUGUGACACUGUACUUUCUGCAACAAUGUUUGAACAUGCUAUAGCAAAUAAUGGUGACUUGUGGGGUCUUCUACAGCCAUAUGCUCAUCUUAAUGCUGGAAGAAUUGCUUCAGGUGCUCUUGCAAUGCCUCGCUGGCCAAGUGUGUCUAGUGUGGGGUCAGAUGCCACUCAGGUGAGUGGUAAGUCUGUGGAACAGUCACUGCUGACCACAUGUGUUGGAUCAGCACAGGAGUUGACAGAGCUGUUGGCACGCACUGCUGGCAGUCGACCACUCACUUGGACACCUGCUGCUAUACAAGCUCUUUUCUACUUCAUGAGGUGCUCCCAGCUGGAACAUGCUGAAUACUCAGCCCCAAUCCAGGAGCUUGUUUAUGAGCGAGCAUAUGUUGUGCUACCACCUUUGGUUGAGUGGCUGCGAGUGGCAUCUGCUCAUGCUGAUCAUCGUCAUGCUCUUCAUGUGGAUCACGAUGAUGUAUUUCAGGCUGCUCGGCUUUUGCUACCUGGGGUAGACUGCCCUGUACGACAAAUUGGAACAGAGGAAGCUGUAUGUUCAAAGAGACACUGUGAUGAGCAAGACUGUGUACGGAAGUUGAAAACAGAUUUAGCAUUUAAAAUGUUAAGCAGUGGCCGUUCAGAUCUUAUUCCUCAUGCUUUGCAGCUUUUGCCAGCAAAUAAAAAACUGAACAGUGUGAAUGAGCAUGGAAUGACUCCUCUCAUGAUAGCAGUUAUAGCCCAUGAUGAAACAUGUGUACGUAAUCUGCUAGAUGCAGGAGCAGAUCCUGACAUUGAGACACCUCCUCAUGGUUCCACUAACUGUCCAGCAGUGCACGCAGAGACGCAACACUGGACUGCCCUCACAUAUGCUGCCCUCCAGGGUGAUUGUAAUAUAGCACGGUUGUUGUUGGAACGUGGUGCUAAUGUUGAGGGUGGUGCCCAUCUCAGUGAGGAUAAGUGCACACUUACUCCUUUACAGGUGUCAGUAGCUAGUGGUCAUGCUGAAAUGGUGGCUCUCCUCUUGUCACAUGGAGCACAUACUUUCUUAUCCACAUUAUUGAAGGAUACCCUGUGUUACUCAGGUGCAGCUCAUCGUGGAUGUUACAGUGCGAUCUCAGUUGCUGCAGCUCAUGGGCAACGAUCAACUCUCCAUAAGUUGCUGUCCCACCCUCUGGAUGCCAACAACAAAGAAGUUCUGUCACUCGAAGAGAUUUUGGCAGAAGGGGCAAACCAGCUAACUGCUGAUCGCCGACAGUGUGGCCGUCUUCAGGUUUCUUGUUCCUCCACUCCUGAAGCUAGUGGAUGCUCUUCUAACAGUGAAAGUGCACAACCACUGAAAUUAAGCAAACCACAGGUUAAAUCAUUACAGGAAGCAAUGUACCACAGUGCAGAGAACAAUCAUCUUGAUAUAACUCUGGAUCUACGGAACCUGGGUAUCCCAUGGACUCUUCACUGUUGGAUGCAUACAUUGGCAACAGCACACGAGCAACGUCUAGACAGUGUUAUUGAUCAACUGCUGCAAGAUUUUCUUCAAGUCUGGCCUGAUGAUUACUCCACUCAGUUUGUCGAUGAGUGUUUGCCUCUGCUGUUUAAUAUAUUUAGGUUUAGUAAGAAUGAAGGCACAAUAUUAUUGUUGGCUGAUAUAUUUUCAACAUGCUACGGCUGGGAAGCAAUUAAAGCCAUUAGAGAUACUUCUUUUUCUGGUGGUACAAGAAUAGACCCCAAGUUUGUAAAUAAUCCAGAAUUAAGUGACGUGCAGUUCAGAGUGGAAGGACGGGUGUUUUAUGGACAUAAAAUAGUACUUGUCACAUGGUCACCAAGAUUCAGAGCCAUGCUUAGUUCUAAACUCUGUGAUGGAAAUCCCCCAGUUGUGCAUAUAAAUGAUAUACGAUAUCACAUAUUCCAGUUAGUGAUGCAGUAUUUGUAUCACGGAGGCUGUGAAGGUUUACGAGUAGAGCCAGCAGAUGUGCUUGAGCUUAUGGCUGCUGCAAACUUCUUCCAACUUGAUGGCUUGCUGAGAUUUUGUGAAGCACAGUGCUCUGGAAUGGUUGACCUAGACAACAUUGUGUCUAUGUAUAUACAUGCCAAGGUUUAUAAUGCCAGUGAACUGCUGGAGUACUGUCAAGGCUUUCUGCUGCAGAAUAUGGUGGCACUGCUAACAUAUGACGAUUCUGUAAAGAGACUGCUGUUUGGCAAAAAACUUCACAGCCAUGAUGUGUUAGCUGGACUCUUGCUUACUCUUCAAGCACGCAUCAAAGCUCGUAACAUGUCUGCAAGCCCACAGCGACCAAAGGCCAAAUAGCACCAGUGCUGACACUAUGAUCCACAUACAACUGUGAUGUCUUGAUGUACUGGAAAUAAAAACCAUCUCAAUAGACGUGGUGCUAAUUGUCAGUUAAAUUCAGUAGUAAAAGUCUAAUACUAUGUAUACAUGUUCAGCCAUUCUUUAGGAAGCAAAUGUCUCAUGGGAACAACAAUCAUAAGAUAUAACUGUAACCUCAAUCUUGAAUCUUAAGCCUGUUUAUUGAGAGACUGCUUUGAAAGGAGUCAAAAUUAUGUGUGUGUGGUCAGUAUCAUUGUACAGAGCAUUAACCAAGGAUAGAUAAAGAAAGCGGGAAUUAAAAACUGGAAUGUGUGAAUAUGUAAUAAUACCUAAAUUGAUACAUAUUUUUAAAAUAUAUUUCUGAUAAAUGUAUAUUCAUGUAUAUGUGAGUGUACAUAAAUGUAACAUUUAUUAUUAUUAUGUGUUUGAGAUGUUUGACCAAGUUCCUAUACUUCUGUGUUAUUUGUCAACAGAACCAACAUAACAUAACAAACAAUUUUUAGAAAUAAAAACAAUUAUGUACUAUAAUUAUAGCCUUAAAUUCAUA